UCGGAUCCGCCGAGAAUCUGCAGCCAGGCACCCGGAUGUGGCGAAAAUGUUUGGCGCUCCUCUCAGGGUUUGCGCUCGGAAAACAUUUUAUUAUUCAGGUUAACGUCUCGGCUCAGGCUCGCACGUCGACAGCUUUGGAUAUGUUUUUUCCAACGAUGAGUUGGAUUUAAAACGGAUAUUUUCAAUGUGGAUUCAAGGAUGCAAGAAGCAGAUGAACAGUCAGAAGGGGCACAGUAUGCCAGCAACAAACAGACCACUCCCUCUGCUGAAGCCUCAGCGCUCUGGUCAGAAAGCCACACCCGUCUGCACCAGCUCCAUCCACCUGAUCCCCUGCAGGCCCCGGCCAGCACCGGCAAGCCAGUCGGCUCAGCCUGUGGCCUCUACGGAGCCGACAGUGGCAUUCAGGGUCCUGGCGGCACUGGUACCAGUGUCAGCCCAGUCCUGGCUUGGCAUGCCGCCAUUAGCGCCGCUCGCCAAGCACAGGGCGACGACAUUGCAAAGCCAGACAUGAGUUCACGGCCCUCGGUUUGCACCACUGGAACAGCUCCUGUGGGCUCACUGGCACAGAGGAAGAGGCAGCAGUACGCCAAAAGCAAAAAGCAGGGUGGAUCCAUCAACAGCAGGCCGCCCAGAGCUCUGUUCUGCCUCACCCUCAACAACCCGAUCCGCAGGGCUUGCAUCAGUCUGGUGGAGUGGAAACCAUUUGAUAUCUUUAUACUGCUGUCUAUUUUUGCCAACUGUGUGGCCUUAGCCAUCUACAUCCCCUUCCCUGGAGAUGACUCCAAUUCUACCAACCAAGAACUGGAAACAGUAGAAUAUGCCUUCCUGAUCAUUUUCACUAUAGAGACAUUUCUGAAGAUUAUUGCCUACGGACUGGUCAUGCACCAAAACUCCUACGUCAGAAACGGCUGGAACAUGCUGGACUUUGUAAUCGUCAUAGUGGGGCUGUUCAGUGUGGUUCUGGAGAUGAUAACCAAAGACGCUGACUCUGCCAGCCAGUCUGGAGGCAAACCUGGGGGGUUUGACGUCAAGGCCCUCCGAGCCUUUCGCGUGCUACGACCCCUUCGCCUUGUUUCUGGAGUUCCCAGUUUACAGGUGGUUUUAAACUCCAUUAUUAAAGCCAUGGUUCCCCUGCUUCACAUUGCUCUGCUGGUCCUCUUCGUCAUUAUCAUCUACGCCAUCAUCGGCCUGGAGCUCUUCAUUGGCAAAAUGCAUUCAACAUGCUAUGUGACACAAACAGGUGCCAUUGCAGAAGAAGAGCCCACACCAUGUGCGGUAACAGGGCAUGGUCGUCAUUGCACGAUGAACAGUACGGUUUGCAGAGAAGGCUGGCAAGGCCCCAACAACGGCAUCACCAACUUUGACAAUUUUUUGUUCGCCAUGCUCACUGUGUUCCAGUGCAUCACCAUGGAGGGCUGGACCGACGUUCUCUACUGGAUGAACGAUGCAAUGGGCUUUGAGCUGCCAUGGCUCUACUUUGUCAGUCUGGUCAUCUUUGGAUCCUUCUUUGUUCUUAACUUGGUUUUGGGUGUGUUGAGUGGAGAGUUUUCCAAAGAGCGAGAGAAGGCCAAGGCUCGAGGGGAUUUCCAGAAGCUACGUGAGAAGCAGCAGUUAGAGGAAGAUCUGAAGGGCUACCUGGACUGGAUCACUCAGGCCGAGGACAUCGACCCCGAGAACGAGGAGGAGGGAGACGAGGAGGGCAAGCGCAAUCCGAGCAUGCCCACAAGUGAGACAGAGUCUGUGAACACAGAGCGUCGCAAUGAAGAGGAGGGCAAAUCACCCUGCUGUGGACCGCUGUGUCAAAAAAUUACUAAGUCAAAGUGCAGUCGUCAGUGGCGACGGUGGAACCGUUUCUGUCGCAGGAAGUGUCGUGCUGCUGUGAAAUCUGUGUCGUUUUACUGGCUGGUCAUCAUCUUGGUGUUCCUCAAUACUCUCACCAUUGCCUCUGAGCACUAUGACCAGCCAAACUGGCUGACCCAAGUACAGGACGCAGCCAACAAAGUUCUUCUGGCGAUGUUCACCUUAGAGAUGCUGGUGAAGAUGUACAGUUUGGGGCUGCAGGCCUACUUUGUGUCCCUGUUUAAUCGCUUUGACUGUUUCGUGGUGUGCGGAGGUAUCGUAGAGACCAUCCUGGUGGAGCUGGCAGUUAUGUCGCCGCUGGGCAUCUCUGUUUUCCGCUGUGUACGCCUCCUUAGGAUCUUCAAGGUCACACGUCAUUGGGCAUCACUUAGUAACCUGGUGGCAUCUCUGCUCAACUCCAUGAAGUCCAUCGCCUCCCUGUUGCUGUUACUGUUCCUUUUCAUCAUCAUCUUCUCCCUGCUUGGCAUGCAGCUCUUUGGGGGCAAGUUCAACUUUGAUGAGACUGUGACCAAAAGGAGCACAUUUGAUAACUUCCCCCAGGCUCUGCUCACUGUGUUCCAGAUCUUGACAGGAGAAGACUGGAAUACGGUGAUGUAUGAUGGUAUCAUGGCGUACGGCGGCCCAGCCUCCUCUGGAAUGGUGGUCUGUAUUUAUUUCAUAAUCCUCUUCAUCUGUGGGAACUACAUCCUGCUUAAUGUCUUCUUGGCCAUCGCUGUUGACAACCUGGCAGAUGCAGAGAGCCUAAACACAGCACAGAAGGAGGAAGAAGAGGCCAAGAAGAGGAAGAAUAGUACCAAGGAAACAAGCACAGACAAGAAGAGGGUUGAAAUAAUAGACGCCAGGGAUGGAGAGACCAAGGUCCCAGCAGAGGGUCUACUGGAGGAAGACAAAGACUCGUAUCCUUCCAUCAACUCUCCGGGGUGUAACAAUGAUAACGAUAAUGAGGACCUCCCAGAAGUUCCGCCGGGGCCUCGACCCCUGAGACUUUCUGAACUCACCAUGAAAGAAAAAAGGCCACCCAUCCCGGACGGCAGCGCCUUCUUCAUCUUCAGCAGCACUAAUCCGAUUCGUGUAUUCUGCCAUAAGCUGAUCAACCAUCAGAUCUUCACAAACCUAAUCCUGGUCUUCAUCAUGCUCAGCUCUGUCUCUUUGGCUGCUGAGGACCCCAUACGCAACUUCUCUGCUCGUAACAUUAUCCUAGGCUAUGCAGACUAUGUCUUCACUAGUAUGUUUACAUUUGAGAUCCUUAUUAAGAUGACAGCGUUUGGAGCAUUCCUUCAUAAAGGAGCUUUCUGCAGAAACUACUUCAACCUAUUAGACCUGCUGGUUGUUGGUGUGUCUCUGGUCUCCUUCGGCAUUCAAUCUUCUGCUAUCUCAGUGGUGAAGAUUCUCCGUGUUUUGAGAGUCCUCCGUCCGCUCAGAGCCAUUAACAGAGCCAAGGGACUCAAGCAUGUGGUCCAGUGCGUGUUUGUGGCCAUACGGACCAUCGGCAACAUCAUGAUUGUCACCACGCUGCUGCAGUUCAUGUUUGCUUGUAUCGGAGUGCAGCUCUUUAAGGGGAAAUUUUAUCGAUGCACAGAUGAGGCAAAGUCUAGCCCAGAUGAGUGCAAAGGUACCUACAUUCUCUACAACAACGGGGACACUGCAUUGCCCAUGGUGAAGGAGAGGAUCUGGUACAACAGUGACUUCAACUUUGACAACGUCCUCAUGGCCAUGAUGGCUCUCUUUACUGUCUCCACCUUUGAAGGAUGGCCCACUCUGUUGUACAAGGCCAUUGACUCCAACAGAGAGAACAUGGGUCCCAUCUACAACUACCGCAUUGAAAUCUCCAUCUUUUUCAUUAUCUACAUCAUCAUCAUCGCUUUCUUCAUGAUGAACAUCUUUGUUGGUUUUGUUAUUGUCACCUUCCAGGAGCAGGGCGAGAAAGAGUACAAGAACUGUGAGCUGGACAAGAACCAGCGCCAGUGUGUGGAGUAUGCUCUUAAAGCUCGCCCGCUGCGGCGCUACAUCCCCAAAAACCCGUACCAGUACAAGUUUUGGUAUGUGGUCAACUCCACUGGCUUUGAGUAUGUCAUGUUUGUCCUAAUCAUCCUCAACACCUUGUGUCUGGCCAUACAGCAUCAUGGUCAAUCUCAUCUGUUUAAUUAUGCCAUGGACAUCCUAAACAUGGUCUUCACAGGGGUUUUCACUGUGGAGAUGAUCCUCAAGCUCAUCGCUUUCAAACCCAGACCCUCAUACACUCUUGCUGUCCCUCUUACCCCCCCCCUGGCUCCCCUUGAUGCCUCUCUCUUUGGGGCUCUUUACCCCACUGACUGUGACACCUGUUCCAUUUUCUCCUCAUCCUCACCCUCCUUUACUCCUGUCACCAUAACCUCUCUACCUCUUAUACUUUCCUGCAUCCCCCUCCACUCCCGCCUUCCUCCCUUCUCCUGCUGGCUGUACAUGCUGCCACAUUCAGGACUAUGUCGGAGACGCCUGGAACGUCUUCGAUGCUCUUGUGGUGAUUGGCAGUGUAAUCGACAUCAUACUCAGCCAGGUAGAAAGACGUCAAACACGGAGGACAGCGCUCGCAUCUCCAUCACCUUCUUCCGCCUGUUCAGAGUGAUGCGAUUGGUCAAACUGCUGAGCAGGGGGGAAGGCAUCAGGACUCUGCUGUGGACCUUCAUCAAGUCCUUUCAGGCUCUUCCCUAUGUUGCACUUCUUAUAGCCAUGCUGUUCUUCAUCUAUGCUGUAAUUGGAAUGCAGGUGUUUGGGAAAAUAGCCAUGGUGGAUGGAACACAAAUCAACCGCAACAACAACUUCCAAACCUUUCCUCAAGCUGUCCUAAUGCUCUUCAGGUGUGCCACAGGUGAGGCCUGGCAGGACAUCAUGCUGGCCUGUUUGCCAGGAAAGCUGUGUGAUCCGGAGUCAGACUACAACCCUGGAGAGGAAAGAACCUGCGGGAGUAGCUUUGCCAUCAUCUACUUCAUCAGCUUCUACAUGCUCUGUGCUUUUCUGAUCAUCAACCUGUUUGUAGCUGUUAUCAUGGAUAACUUUGACUACCUGACCCGUGAUUGGUCCAUUCUUGGGCCACAUCACCUGGAUGAGUUUAAAAGGAUCUGGUCUGAAUAUGACCCUGAAGCCAAGGGCAGGAUUAAGCACCUUGAUGUGGUGACUCUGCUGAGGAGGAUCCAGCCUCCACUGGGCUUCGGCAAGCUCUGCCCUCACAGAGUGGCCUGCAAACGUCUAGUGGCGAUGAACAUGCCCCUGAACAGUGAUGGGACCGUCAUGUUUAAUGCCACUUUGUUUGCUCUGGUCCGCACUGCUCUGAAGAUUAAGACAGAAGGUAACCUGGAGCAAGCCAAUGAGGAGCUUAGAGCUGUGAUCAAGAAGAUCUGGAAGAGGACGAGUAUGAAGCUCCUGGACCAAGUGGUCCCCCCUGCAGGCGAUGACGAGGUAACAGUGGGGAAGUUCUAUGCCACCUUCCUGAUACAGGACUACUUCAGGAAGUUCAAGAGGCGCAAAGAGCAAGGUCUUGUGGGCAGGCGCUCGUGGGAGAGGCUGAACACCACCAUGGCUCUGCAGGCCGGCCUGCGCACGCUGCAUGACAUUGGACCAGAGAUCCGUCGAGCCAUAUCAUGUGACCUGCAGGACGAGGGGCUAGUGGAUGCUAAUGGAGAGGAAGAAGAGGAAAUCUACAGGCGUAACGGCAGUCUCUUUGGGAACCAUGUUAACCAUGUCAGUGUGGAUCAGCAAGGCUCCUCGCACCCGACUACCGUCACUCAGCGGCCGCUACAGAUCCUGCCCUUUUCCUGCAGUGCCUCGAUUGAACCCACCCAAAUCGCUGGGAGAGCCAGCGACAAUGACAGGGGAGGGGAGACAGAAAUGAACUCUUCACCCAUCCAGUAUAAUCAUCAGUAUCACACCCCUCACUCGUAUAAUAUCCCUCACUGUAAUUCCACUUGCCACCAAUCGCCAGUACCCUCCAAUGCCAACCUCAACAACGCCAACGUGCCCUCACUUCUCUCCAUGACCAAAGGGAGGCAGCAGAAGUGUUUGUUAAGGCGAGACCGCCCGUCCUCCGCCAAAACUGGAUCACCAGUGUCCGCUUACAGCAAAGGCGUGCAUGACAAGCCUUGGAAGUCACUCUCCACACGGACACGCUACUAUGAGGCCUACAUUAGGUCAGAAAGUGGCGGGGGACUCCACCCCACCAUUCGUCGAGAGGAGCCAGGGGGCGAAGCCAGCGAUGAGGAGCGAGGCUCAGCAGAAUACUACAGCGGGGAGGAGUUUCAUGAAGAUGACAUCACGCUCACAAGGGACAGGUUGUCCAACAAGGACCAGCAUGAUGCAGAGGGAGACUUUGACCUUGAGGUUUCCAAAAGCAGCCAACAGCUUGAUGGUUGCUAUGACGAUGACCAACAGCCGAUCUACCAAGAUGGCAGGCGGUCACCCAGGAGGUGGUUUUUACCCUCACCUCAAGCCUCCAACAGACCAACAUUCAGUUUUGAGUGUCUUCGCAGAAGAAGUAGUCAGGAUGAUGCUCCUCCCUCUCCAUCCUGCACAGCUCUUCCACUACACCUGGUGCAGCAACAGGUAAUGGCUGUGGCCGGUCUGGAUGCCAGCAGAAUUCACCGCCUGUCUCCUACACGGUCGCUGCGAUCCUGGGCCACACCUCCAGCAUCCCCCAUCCCUCAUGACUGCUCACCCUGCUACACACCACUCAUACAGGUGGACUGGCGCAGCCCUGGCAGCGUCAGCAGCAUCCCUGGAGCAGUGAGGAGGAGUUUGUGGUAUACAGACGGCCAGGAUGGAGAUCCCAGCCGCAGCCACUCUCCAUCACGUCUGCAGUUACCUGCAGAGAGCUGCUCACACUUCUUACAGAAGAGAGGUAGCGCCAACAGUCUGGUGGAGGCUGUGUUGAUCUCUGAGGGCCUGGGAAAAUACGCCAAGGACCCAAAGUUUGUGUCAGCAACCAAACAUGAGAUUGCAGAUGCCUGCGAGAUGACCAUUGACGAGAUGGACAGCGCUGCCAGUAAUCUGCUGAACGGGAGUAUGGGUAACAGCAACACUGGGACGACAGAGACCGUCAGCUCGGACCCACUUGUCACAGCGCAUAUUAGAGACCGCAGUAUCCGUGACUACAGUGACGAGGAGCCAUAUGUGGCUGUGAAAUCUGAGGAGGACCUAACAGACGAAAUGAUAUGCAUCACGUCGCUAUAGCAGCGGCUCACACUGGAUUAUUUAGUUUUUUUCAAUUAAAUUUCUACUACUGUUCCACAUCGAGGGGAUGUCUGUGCUCCAGUGUAUCCUGCAAUAGACAGAAAAUGUAAAACAUGGAGGGAUAAGAGAACAAAGUGCCUUGUUUUCUCUUUCUGUGGAGUGGAGAGUAGAAAUGUAGGAGACACGGAUAGAUUCAUGGAAGGACUGAGCUAUGCUCAGCAAAUAUUGAAAACAGAGGAAGUCAAUCUACCUGACAGCCCGCCUGUCAUUCAGUGGGACACUCAUUAGAAUUUUUUUAUUUUCUUUAUAAUUAAUGAUGAUUUAAUACCAGGGUAACCUGGUAGGUUUGCAAAGCCCGCCCGAAGCCUGUGAAUUUAGUUUUUUCAACAACAUCCUCUGAGAAUCAGAGUCGAGCAGCUGAGAGCCGUGCAGUUUGGUAAAACACAUGGAGUUGAGUAUAGUGAUGAGAUAAAUAAGGUGUGUAUUCUGUAAGUAUUUGAUUUUUCAUAUAUUUAUUUAUUUUUGUUUGUUUUGGCUCCAUACAUCUCUAGCAAUGCAGCACCCAGAAUUUGAAAUUCUUAAAUUGAUGUGAUUGGUUGACUGAUGUUAUAAUGUGCGGUGCCUUCAUUGUUCUGCAGCAAUGUUUUAAAACUGUGUUACACUGCAUAAAAAAUAGUCCCACACUGUUACCUUAAUUUAGAUAUUAACAUCCCUAAUGGACUGCAAAGCCCAAAAACACCCAGAAAAUGUUUCACCUCUUAAAUGCUCACACACACCACUUCAAAUUUAUUCAGAAAAGGGAUUUCAAUGGAAAACGUCUGAGAUGCAUUACUCGUAGCAGCCUGUUCUCCAGUUUGAAUAUCUGACGUAAAGACAAACUGAUGAGUUGUGUUUUCACCUGAGUUUUGGACAGGUUUGUGUUGAUGUCUUAGUGAAGAUGAAAACUGUCUGUAAUCUCUUCCAUCCAGUUUGAAGCAAUUGCUUUUUGAGCCUUGCCAGACCUCAACGAAUGAAUCAAAAUGUUUGGGCUAGCUUUGCAAAGCUACCGUUUUCCUGCCAACAUGUGUUUGGCCUGCUGUCAUGUGUUUGAUCUUCCGCUCGUUAUUCAGAUGACAUUUGGUCCUCCGUGACUCAAAAUGACACAAAACUUGACUUGAAACUUUAUUUCAGGUAAUCUCAGUGCAGAGUGAUGAUCGGGCCCAUCCAAAGCCAUCACAGCUGAUAUGUUUUAAUCUGGGAGCUGCUCUGGCUUCACAGUUCAGGGUUUCAGGGUUCAAUGUUACUCGUGUCAGUGCAUGUGACUUGAAAAAAAAAUCACAUAUCAAUGAAAACAGUCUUUGUUCUCAGGCAUAUCCUUCUGUUUCAGGAACACGCUGAUAUGACACAAAGGGAAACAUACUAUAGGUCCUCCCUCCUUUACAAUGGCAGCAGUGACGUCCCCACUGUUUAAUUUGACUGAUUUGAUUACUUUAAAUACGUUGAAAAUAAAGGAUGAAAUGGAGGAUUAUUGUCACAAGUGAUGCUUAACUUUUAUUGAGGCCUCUUAAAACUGUGACGUGAGACCAUUUCAUUGUUAUCCGCCCAUUCAGAAUAUGCAAUGAUUCACCGUACUCAGACCUGCUUUUGAUUAUUUCAAUGUGAAGUUAUGAAUGUAAGUCUUCACACUCAGAUUAUGAGCUGUAUUCCAGUGUGCAUGACACUUUAACUAGUCACAUGUUUCAAUUAGUUUGUCACGCAAUUACAGAAAACAUUUCUCAACUGCUAAAUAUUUCCAGACAAUCGUGUGUCAUAAAUGCACAAAGUCAUAUCCACAGUAUCAUCUGUCUGACAUCUGAGUGAUGAUACUGUAGGCCCCCUUCAUUUCGCAAGAGUCUCAUAUUACAUUGAAUGGGUUUCAUCAGCUGAGCAGCAAAGAAUUAACCCUCUGAAAUCCAAGCAUUGAUUUUAUUGAUGUAGAUUUUUAUUCUCCUUUUUAAACUGUUUUAGCUAGCCUCUGAUCAAGAAAAUUGUGUUUUAGGUUUUUUAUAAAUUUUAGAUUUUUGGAGGAUUUUGUGAAAAUGUUGCAAAAUUUCAACAGUGGGUCUUAGUGCCUACAAAUAUCACCACAACAAAAAUCAUAAGUUAUUAAUCAUAUAUGAUUCAGUAAUAUCAAAAUAUGCAUCUUAAAAAAUAAUUUUAUCGAAAUGAACCUGUUUGAUACAGCACAAUAAACAGAAAAUUACUUUGACUAGUUAAAACUGUAAUUGUAAUGUAAAACAUGUAUUCAGGGAUUUGCAGGGUUCUACAGUCAUGCUUAAAAUGCAGCCAAGCAUUGACCGCUCCAUGGUUGGUGGUGUGACGAAAUUGUCUGCAAAUACCUAGUUGUUUUGGCUUGCGGGAAUUGUUGACACAAGCUUCACUGCUCAAGCUAUCUCUUGGUAAUCCAAGCUGUGACGUGAUUGCACGUUUACCAAUGUACACUACUGAGACACGUCAAAGUUGAAGAGUAUGCCUGACAUCCCUGUUCUUGCCCAAACAUAGCCCUAGGAAUGUAUUGUCUGAUUCCAAUGAACUUCCCCUUAAAAAGGAAUCAUCAUUACAUCCACAGAGUUAUGCUCCACUGGCACGAACUGCAGACAUCUGAACGCAUCCAAAUAUGGUCUAAUCUAAAAGAGUAUCCUUGUUCUGUUCAUCUGAAGCAGUGAAGUUGUUGACAGCAAGUACUGGAAACAGCUACCCAAUAACUGUCACAAGAGGCAUUUGUACAAUACCCAUUUGCAAGUACAUGCCUAUAAUUUGUUUUAGCUCUUUAAGAGAUAUGUCAGCAACUGCCCCAUGUUUCUGAAGUCAUUGCUCUUGACCAUCAUAUUCUACUGCAAUGGGCUUUGUAUAAGAGGAGGCAGCCGCAAAAUUGGCACCUGUUAAGGUUGUUUUAGGGUUUAUGAAUUAAUUCUUGCAAAGUCAAAGUCGGAGAUCUCUCUGCCUUCUGCCUGUGCUAUGUUGUACCCACAGACUGUAAAAAAAACAAUGGGCAUAGACAGUGACAUUACCCACUGGUUUGUGGACUCGUAUUUUAAACCUUGAGUUUGGCAUUUUGACCGUUGCCAUCUUGGAUUUCUGAAAG